AUGUCUGGAAAGCCUCUACUGGUCAUAGGAGGCAUUGCCUUGGAUAUAACAGCUACCGUUGGAAAGUCAUUUGGAGCAUCCAUUUUACAUACAUCUACACCAGGACAUGUCAAGCAGAGUCUAGGCGGUGUGGGCCGUAAUGUAGCGGAAGCAGCAUGGAGAACAGGCGCCAAUGUCAAGCUAGUGUCUGUUGUAGGCGACGAUUUAGCAGGCGAAUCAGUCAAACAAGGAUUGAAAUCCAUUUCGAUGAACACAGAGUACAUUCAGACGCUUGCCAAUCAACCUACAGCUGUUUACAACGCAUUGCAUUCAGAGGAUGGCCAAUUGGUAGCAGCAGUCGCAGAUAUGAACAUUUUCGAUGCUAUGGAUGCCAUAAAAGCAAGUAGCUUACUUUGUAUGAUGGAUUUAUCUACUAAUCUGGAUCUCGCUGCUCAAAUGAUGAAAUCAAUUGCCAUGGCAUGUCAAGCAUUGUCGAUUCCUGCAUUAUUCGAGCCAACAUCUGUCUCAAAAUCCUUGAAACUAUUCCAACAUGCAGAAACAACGAUGGCACAGGCUGUCAAAUACGCUUCGCCGAAUCAAUUUGAGCUUGAAGCCAUGUGUAAUACCAUUCGAUCUAAUCCCAUCUUAUCGAAAGCGACCAAGAAGCAGCAGAGCGACAUUUUAGCGAGAAUGCCAUUGACAUUGAAAAACGCACCCAAACUAGCGCAUCUUGCAUUACCAGACGCAUGCUUCUUAUCUCAGUUUAUUCCAAAUGUGAUUACAAAACUCGGUGAGGAAGGUUGCCUGUAUGUCAGCAAGAAUGCGGGCGUCGAAUACUUUACUCCAGAGUCUAUUCAGCCAAAUGAGAUUGUGAAUGUAACGGGUGCUGGCGACUGUUUUGUCGGUACCUUAAUAGCUAAUCUACAGAAACAUGCCAACGCCACCAUGUCCUCCAAUGUCCUGAGAUCCAUCAUUCACAAUGCGCAAAUGGCAUCCAUUAGAACAUUGAAAUCCAACAGAGCUGUGAGUGAUGAAAUUUCAUCUGAUUUGUUGCUGUAA